AUGCAACAAGUUUUCCUGUCGUACAACUCCCGUGCACCAUCUGCCACCUGUUUACGCCGCACCCACGUACCACGCUCCCGAACCCGUGUACCAUGCCCCUGCUCACUACAACGAGCCGAAUACCCCACUGCCCAUCCGAAGUACAACUAUAACUACGGCGUCGCUGACGGUUACUCCGGCGCCAACUUCGGUCACUCGGAGUCCCGCGACGGAUACAAGACCGAAGGCACCUACAGCGUCGACCUCCCCGACGGCCGCAAGCAGAUCGUCAAGUACGUGGACAACGGCGACGGUCUUGUAGCUGAGGUCAUCUACGAGGGCGAGGCUCAGUACCCCGAGUACAAGCCCACGUACAAGCCCGCUCCCUACCACGCUGCCCCCAAGUACCCCGUGUACUAAGGCUGUACCUUCAUUCAUACAUCUUUGCUAGCCUUUUGUAUCUGCUGUGUCUAUUUUCAAUACGUUCAGGUGAAAACUGCAUGGAUGACCGAAUAUGUGACCCUGGUUAAAUAUUUUUAUAAUAAAAUACACUGAAAAUAA